AUGAAAGGCAAUGUACUUUCAAGACUAUUCGAACUUAGACAAGAACUUUAUUCUUAUUUAAAUGGAGAAGGUAAAGAAACUCAUAUUCUGCAAUUAUACGAUAAGAUAGUUGCUUUUAUUAAAAAAAUUAACUUAUGGAAAAGAAAAUUAACAGAAGAAAAUGGCAAAACCAUUUGUUUUCCACUUUUAAAAUAUUUUCUUGGAGAGAAUGACCUUGAAUUACCAAUGAGUUUAAAAACUAUAUUUUUAGAGCAUCUGACGAAUCUUGAAACUCAUUUCAUGAAAUAUUUCCCAGAAGAAAUGAAACUGUACUAUUGGAUUAAAGACCCAUUAACUGAAAAGCCACUAUCAAAUUUCACAACUACAGAAGAGGAACAAUUAAUCGACAUUUCAUCCGAUUCUUCAUUACGAAUGCAAUUUUCUUCAUAUUCACUUUUAGGAUUUUGGAACAAUAUUAAAGAUGAAUAUCCUGAAGUUAGCAACAAAGCUUUACGUAUAUUAAUACCAUUUGCCACUUCAUAUUUAUGUGAAGCAGGAUUUUCAGCUGUAGCCGUGUUAAAAUCAAAAUAUCGAUCCAAACUCAAUGUGGAUAAAUAA